CAGGGGAUGUGCGCAAACGAAGCUCCCACCAUGGCCAGAUCGCAAGAUGUUUCUGAGGAGCCUGAGCACGAACGAUUGAAGGGGCUUUUCGACAGGUAUGCCGUCUCAGAAGAGCAACAGGAUUUGUUUUUCAAGAUGAGGAAGCUUACCAACAUGCCUGCUAUGUUCCACACGCAUGCUGACGACGAGCAAAUGCUUUGGGCAGUGUUGGUCGGGUCUGCAGAGCUCCCUGAAAAUCCGACCACCUCUGAUAGAACUUUUGUUGCGAGGAAGAUUGAAGAACGCCUUCGAAAUCUCGAAGAAUCCGAGCGCCGUUUCAAAUGGUUUUCUGCCCAAUGGACCAAGCCAAUGAUGCGACAGUUAAUUCGCAAUUGGUUUUGCGGAAGCCUUGUUAUUUGUCCAGAAUUGGCCGCGUCGUCGGGGUCGCCCGGUCGCCCAUUCAGUUUGUACGUGAAUACUACGGUGACGAAAUCGCCUAUCCACCCCCAGAAGGGCAGACAGAUGAGUGGAAGGACUUCCAGGCUUCCCUUUACGUGCUUAUGGCGCGAAGCACUUGUCUUGCCUACCCCAUGGCGACCGCUAAGGGGAUUGUUUCGUUCUCAGACAUGCAGCAGGACUUUGACUGGGCAAAAUAUGACAUGGAGAGCAAGAGCCGGAACUCUGACAUUGUCGCGAAUGAUUGCAUUCCAUCCGGAUGACAAGAUGGUCAAAUUCUAUGAAGAUAUGGGUGCUCGGGCGCGCAAGAAGUGGGGCUUUGAACAGUAUGCAACCUUUGCUGACGCCGUUGCUGGCGAACAAAGCCUACUACCGGAGCUGCUGCCAUCUUUUGUUGGCGGGACUUAUAGGAUUGAUGUGGCAGAGUGUUUGAGGUACCUCUUCCGACCAGAGCCGGAAGCGUUAGCGUUGAUGGAAGAAACGCUCGCGGAGAUGAGGGCUGCCAAUGAAAUUCCAAAUCCCAAGCACAUGCAAUAA